AUGCCGCGCAAGGCGAUUGACUCGCGAAUUCCUGCCCUGAUCCGAAAUGGUAUCCAGGAGAAGAAGCGCAGCUUCUUCGUGGUGGUCGGUGAUCGCGCAAAAGAUGUGAUCGUGAAUCUCCACUACAUCAUGUCCAGUGUCGAUGUGAAGCAGAACAAAUCUGUGCUCUGGGCCUACAAGAAGGACUUGCUUGGUUUCACCAGUCACCGCAAGAAGCGUGAAGCAAAGAUCAAGAAGGAAGUCAAGUACGGUAUUCGUGAAGCCAACCAGGAGGAUCCCUUCGAGUUGUUCAUCACCCUGAACCAAAUCCGCUAUGUCUACUACAAGGAAACAGAGAAGAUUCUGGGUAACACCUACGGCAUGUGUAUUCUGCAGGACUUCGAAGCCAUGACUCCGAACCUUUUGGCACGCACAGUCGAGACGGUCGAGGGCGGCGGUAUAGUGUUGCUGCUGCUCAAAAGCAUGACCAGUUUGAAACAGCUGUACACUAUGUCCAUGGAUAUUCACUCCCGGUACCGAACAGAGGCACACGAUGAUGUUGUUGCUCGCUUCAAUGAGCGCUUCAUUUUGUCUCUGGGAAGCUGUGCUUCCUGCUUGGUUGUGGACGACGAGUUGAACGUGCUGCCUAUCUCCGGCGGCAAAAACGUCAAGCCGCUUCCUCCCCCCGGAUCCACCGACGAGUCGAGCUUGGACAAAAAGAAGAAGUCGAAGGAUGAUGGGCCGAGCCUGCCGGAAAUCAAAGAGAGCGUGCAGGGCACGGAGCCUCUUUCCUCGUUUGUGAACCUUGCUAAGACGGCGGAUCAAGCGAAGGCGCUCUUGGACUUCACCGACACAAUCACCGAGAAGACAUUAAAGAGCACAGUUGCCAUGACUGCCGGUCGUGGACGAGGAAAGUCGGCUGCUCUUGGUCUCGCGAUCGCAACAGCCAUUUACCACGGAUAUAGCAACAUCUUCAUCACCUCACCGAGCCCCGAGAACUUGAAGACACUGUUUGAGUUCGUGUUCAAGGGUUUCGAUGCGCUUGGCUACACUGACCAUCUCGACUACACCAUUCUCCAAUCGACCAACCCCGAUUUCAACAAGGCCAUCGUCAGAGUUAACAUUCACCGCAACCACCGUCAGACUAUCCAGUACAUUCAGCCGCAGGACGCACAUGUUCUCGGACAGGCUGAGCUCUUGGUUAUCGAUGAGGCUGCCGCUAUUCCCCUGCCUCUGGUGCGUAAGUUGAUGGGGCCUUACUUGAUCUUCAUGGCCUCCACCAUCAACGGUUACGAAGGAACCGGUCGUUCGCUCUCUCUGAAGUUGAUUGAACAGCUUCGUGAGCAAUCCCGAAAUGGUAGCAAGAGCAAAGACACCGAUGUGGCAGACCGCAGCACUGGCAAAGCCGCAAAGAACUCGGGCAUGAAUCUGGGUGGCCGAAAGCUUGUAGAGAUUAAGCUCAAGGAGCCUAUUCGUUACGCUCCAGAAGAUCAUGUUGAGGAGUGGUUGAACAACGUCCUGUGCCUGAAUAUUCCCGAGAAGUCCAGCACAAGAUCGCAAAAUUUCACCACUCCCGACAAGUGUCAGCUGCUCCAAGUCAACCGGGAUACCCUGUUCUCGUUCAACCCUAUUUCCGAAGGUUUCUUGCAGCAGAUGAUGUCGCUUUAUUCCGCCAGUCACUAUAAGAAUACCCCCAACGAUCUUCAGCUCAUGAGUGACGCACCCGCACACCAGCUUUAUGUGCUUCUCCCUCCAAUUGACGAGAAAGCCAAGCAGCUGCCCGAUCCGCUUUGUGUUAUUCAAGUUGCUCUUGAGGGUCGUAUCAGCAGACAGAGUGUCCUUAACAGCCUUAGCCGUGGCCAGCGCGCUGGUGGUGAUCUGAUUCCCUGGUUGGUUAGCCAGCAGUUCCAGGAUGAAGACUUCGCCAGUCUCUCUGGAGCCCGGAUUGUUCGUAUUGCCACAAACCCCGAGCAUCAAGGCAUGGGAUACGGUAAGCAUGCCCUGAAGCUCCUGGUCGAUUUCUUCGAGGGUAAAUUCACAAGCCUGGAUGAGGAUAUGGUUGCUCCUCAGGAGGAAAUGGUCCGCGUUACGGACGAAGAGCUCGCCAACGCGAACCUUCUGGACGACGAUGUGCGCGUUCGCAAUAUCCACACCAUGCCCCCUCUGUUCAGUAGGCUGACAGAGCGUCGCCCUGAUGCUCUCGACUAUAUUGGUGUCAGCUAUGGUCUUACACCCGCUCUCCACAAAUUCUGGAAGACUUCUUCCUUCCAUCCAGUUUACCUGCGUCAAACGCCUAAUGAGCUGACCGGAGAGCACUCAUGCGUGAUGCUUCGCACUCUGGCUACUGGUGCCAAUGAUGCCAGUUGGUUGGGAUCUUUCUCCCGCGACUUCCACCGCCGAUUCCUUGCUCUGCUCUCUUACCAGUUCCGCCAAUUCCCCGCGGUCCUUUCUCUGAGCAUCUGUGAAUCUGCCACCGCUGGUGCUAAGCUCGAUACAGCAGCCGUUCUGCGCACCUUGAAGAAGGCCGACCUUGAUGCCGAUUUCUCGCCCUUCGACUUGAAGCGCCUGGAUAGCUACGCAAACAACCUCUUGGACUACCAUGUCAUUAUGGACAUGAUUCCUCGCAUUGCCGAUUACUACUUUUCCAACCGUCUGGUUGGCAAGCUUGAACUCAAAAGUUUGCAGCUGCCGAUCCUGCUUGCUCUUGGUUUGCAGCACAAGACUAUGGAUGAUCUCGAGAAGGAGCUGGACCUUCCCGCCUCUCAGCUCCUUGCCAUCUUCCUCAAGACCAUGCGCAAGUUUUCCAAGCAGUUCCGCGGUAUCGUUGAGGGUGCAGUUGCCGAGUCCAUGCCCGCAGAGCAAAAGCCUGCUGAGCCUGCAGGUGGUGCCCAUGAUGAUGAUAUCAUCGAGGACCGUUUCAAGCCGCUGGAUACCGGCCUGGACGAGGAGCUCAAGGAAGGUGGCCAGCAGAUCGACGACGAGAUGCGCGAGAAGCAGCGUGCGUUGAUUGAUUCUCUCCCCCUGGACAAAUACGCAAUUGACAGCGGCUCCGCAGCUUGGGAAGACGCUGAAAAACAAAUCCGCAAUGGCGGUGCUGCUACUGUCAGCGUGAAGUCUAAGCCGUCAAAGCGGAAGAAGGGCGAGACUGCUCGUGAGAUCUUCGACAAGGAGGUUGAUGCUAAGAGGCAGAAGAUGAUCAAGAAGGGCACUGAGGGCCGCAAAAAAUAG